CUAUAAAACAGUAGAAGAAGAACUCCCGCUCGGUGCGCUGUAGCGGGCUAUCACGCUGCACGUUGUUCAGAUAAAACUAUUAAAUCUUUAUUUUUAGGUGUUAAACUUGGCUGGUUUGGUCGACAUGGUGAAGCUAACAGCCGAGCUGAUCGAGCAGGCUGCUCAGUACACCAACCCAGUAAAAGACCGGGAACUGGAUCUAAGAGGUUAUAAAAUCCCCGUUCUGGAGAAUCUGGGAGCGACUCUGGACCAGUUUGACACGGUGGAUUUCUCUGAUAAUGAGGUCAGAAAACUGGACGGGUUCCCUCUGCUGAAGAGACUGAAGACGUUACUGAUGAACAACAACAGGAUCUGCCGUAUUGGAGAGAGCCUGGAACAGUCUCUCCCCAGCCUGACUGAACUGGUCCUGACCAACAACAACAUCCAGGAGCUGGGAGACCUGGACCCUCUGUCCUCGGUGAAGACGUUAUCCCUCCUCAGCCUGCUGAGGAACCCGGUGACCAACAAGAAGCAUUACAGACUCUACGUGAUCAGUAAGAUCCCACAGCUCCGAGUGCUGGACUUCCAGAAGGUCAAACUGAAGGAACGCCAGGAGGCCGAGAAAAUGUUCAAAGGAAAACGUGGCGCUCAGCUUGCAAAGGAUAUUGCCAGACGAACGAAAACAUUCACUCCUGGAGUGGCGGCACAGCUGGAGAAGAAGAGGACGGGGCCGUCCCAGGCUGAUGUGGAAGCUAUAAAGAACGCCAUCGCUAACGCCUCGUCAUUGGCCGAGGUGGAGAGGUUAAAGGGGAUGCUGCAGGCCGGUCAGAUCCCAGGACGAGAGCUGAGAGAAGGCCCAGGUGGAGUAGAGGAGGAAGAGGAGGAGGAGGAGGAAGAUGUUUCUCAGACAGAGGAUCACAUGGUUGAAGGAGAGCAGAGGAACGAUGAAGAUGAGGAGGAGGACGGCGAGGACAUGGACGUGGAGCAGCAUGUUAACGGAUCCUGAAAACCCCCAGAGCUGAUCUAUUUUUUUAUUUCUGUUUGAUGAAAGCUUUUUUGUUGUAAAUUGACCAUUAAAGUGAUUUCUUUA